GAGGCGAAUCUCUCAAAUAUUUGCUUAUUUGAAAGUGAAAAUGGAGAUGGAGGAGGUGAGCAAAAGUGCAACCAGGAAGGUAAGUACUUAAUUGCAGGUCCUCUAUUGGUUGUUUUCCAUCAUAGGCAAACCGGCUGGUUCGCAGUUUGGGAAAAUAGUAAGCAAAAUUUAGGACUGGAAAAUAUCGUUCCUGAAUCGCGUUUACCAUUUGUAUUAAUCAGUUCCAUAACGGAAAAACGACCGCAAAGGCCCGAAACUUGUAUAAUGGCUUUGAAAAAAUGGAACACGAAUUUCCGUUUGGAACAUUCCGUUCCGUGCCGUUAUUCCCGUUGCAUGCUCCCCGAGAUUUUUCGCAGGAACGACCCAAAAAGUCCUGUUUCAUUUACUUUCCAACCGGAUCUUACGGAUUUUUUUUAUCAAUGGUAAACAACCGAUCAAAUGUUUCGCAAUUGCCUUGUCAUGUAUUGUUUUUGACUAAAGGUUUAUUUAUCCGUCAUUCGUUUUUCUACCCACAGUAUAUUUCACAUCGAGCGAUUUUCCAUCUAAGAAGUGAAAAAGGCCUUUUAUUUUGACAUACAGAUACAUAUACCUAGGCGGGAUUGCCUAAUUUUCCGAAUAAAGACAGAGUACUAAUAUUAUUUAUUUAUUUGUGUCCAAGAAAUAAGUUGUAACAAAAUGGUAAUUAACAAUUUGCACCCAGAGAUUAGGUUCUACUCACUUUUGGGUUAGAAAAUAAUAUUUGAAAGAAAAUUCAGACGAGUCUGUCGAAAAAAGAGAGCAUGAUGUAAAUGGUAUACCCGAAACACUAACUGUCACUAACCAAAAUCACUUCUACUGCGUGCUUUUGUAAUCAUUUCCAUACGUGGAAAUUACGAAGAAAUAAGGAGCGCUUACCGAUUGUACAGAAAAUCCGGUAAUGCCAGGGAGAAUUUAAAUGGAACGAUUCAUCCCGGUGGAAUGUUUUCACAAAAAAAUAAUGCCUCCCGGGGUAUUACCUUUUUCCAGCUUUUGCCGAAACGACCGGUAUUUUUCUGUAUCCUUUGUCUUUACUAGUGCCAGGCUCUCAUGUUGAGGAGUAGCGAAAAAUUUACCAGCAUUUUCUAAAUGGCACAACUUAAUCCUAUUCCUUUUUUCGGUACAAAAAAAAAAAAAAAAAAAAAAAUUACCAGUGCCAUUUGAGGUAAAAUUUUCACCGACAUUUCAGUACAAAUGGUAAGCGCUCCUUAUUCCUUCCUAAUUUUCACGUAAGGAAAUAAUUAAAAAAGCAUGCAGCAGAAGUGAUUUAGGUUAGUGCCGGUUAGUCACCGACGACAAUAAACUGCCUACAGAAAAAUAGUCUGAUGAUGAAAUCUCGACCGUGCAUGUAUUUGGAGACAAUGGCGUUUCUGGGUUUUCAAAUGAAUGAAAUAAAACAGGCAUAUACCAAAAGGCCAUUCUACAGUUGAGUGAACAUGAGGCUGAGGUUGACCUUGUUUUCAUACAAACCCUUUUCCUUCUCUUAUGGAAAUUAUGCUUAAAGGCUGGUUUUCGCUAGCGACAGAGUCGGAGUCGGAGUGACUUGGUGAGAAUCAAAAAUCGGUGUUGUAGGCGGAGUCAUAAACACGACGGAAUGGGAGUCAGACGAAUCAGAACGGUUCCAUUUUCUUCCGACUCCGCUUAUGACUCCGUCGUUUACUAUCUAGUGAAAACCAGAUUGUCGGAGUCGGAAGUAGAAGAACCAAUCACAAGGCACGUUCCCACGCUUUGUAAUUGGUUUAGUUCUUCCGCUUCUGCUUAUGACUCCUACGACCCAGUUUUGACUUGAUCGCAAGCGACGGAGUCGUCGUAAGAGGAAUCAGAACGCUGUUUUCACUAGAUCGUUACGUUAAGUUCUACGCUUCUGAUUACGACUCCGACUCCUUCGCUAGUGAAAACCAGCCUUAGCAAAUACUAGUUUGUUAAAUUUCAGGAGUUACUGAAGACCAACGCAGUCUACAAACAGCUAAAGCGAAAGGUCUUACCUAACACUCGACCGCUAUCAAAGAGUUUUGAAUUGACUCCUUUGACGUGAGUCUCAGCUUGCACACCCGGCAGAAAAAUGUUUAUUGUCGGCUUAACUUUUGCGGGAAACCAAUUUUAACAUGAAAUGAAACGAAAUGAAACCGUGUUGAUGCGUCGAUGGGCCAUCGGAGUGGAAGGAAAAAAAGUGUCUUUAUGACGUCAGCUACCAUAAUGAUUGUAAAAAGAUUGAAAAAAGUAUUUGCACGAAGAUGCUUUCGGCUAUUUCUUCAUGGUGCUGCAAGAAGAUUACAAGAAAAUAUCUUUUGCGUCUAAUUUAUCGUAAGUAAAUCCUCUAUCGAGCAAACAGAUGGGGAAUUUUUUCUUUUCAAGAUCUAACUAAGUUUUGGUACAUUUUCUCUUACGUCCUGCUAAAUGCUCCUAUACAUUCCUACCAGGCAAUCCACUUGAUCAGAAAAAAUUCCAGCCAGGGCAACGACAAAAGAGGACAAACUUCACCUUGCUUCAACGACAUGAGCUGGAAAAAGCUUUCAGUCAGUGCCAGUAUCUCACGCCGCAUUCCUGCCGUCGGUUACAAGAGCUUGGAAUCCAUAAACAAAAUAUCAAGGUAAUACUGUUUUAUCUUAUUGGGAAUUUUAUUCCGUUAAACAACUCACAUUGUUGUUUGAUAAGAGCAGCGAAAGUCAAAGUAGCGUGUAGUCCUCACGUUUACACACAAUAAAGAUUUAGCGAAGGCUAAAAGUAAAGCUCCCGUUAAUAAAUUUAUGAUUUAUUUCCAAAAAUAAACUUGAAACCAUCGCAAAGAAAUCCACUUGGAGUUGAGCGUGAGAUUAGUUGAAAAGUAUUAAUUUAUGAGCAGAUAACCUCCAAAAAAUAACAUAACCUCUAUGUGUCGACACCUGAGACCGCAAUACGGUCAUGUGAUACUGGUCUGCGGAUACACUGUUUUGACAGCUAUCAACUGACCACAACAUAGAUGUGCAAUAUCAGUUUGCAGGCUCCCAUGCACACUAGCUGGAAAGUGUGAGAUUUCACAUUGGUUUUCCUGUGUUGCGAACAGAUGGGUUGACAUGGACGGAUGUACCGUCACGUGAUUGCCAAAAUUUCUCGCAGGCUCCACUCGCGCUCGCUUCGCGCACCGAAGGAUAUCCCUUAUUGUUAUAUUCCUAGAAUUUCACUCAACUAAACAGGGACUGCCAUUGGUUGAUUCUUGGUCACGUGGCCUUGACUAAAAUCAAAUGUAUUCCGAUCGUGAUACAUUAAACAAUGUAUCCCGCUCGGGAUACAUUGCAGCACGUGAUCAAAGCAUGGUAGAAAGUGGCGUGACAGAAGGCGGGAAAAACACCGCCAGGUCCUGCCGGUUUUCUUUUUCGUGAAUGAACACAACAACACAAUCACGAAGCCUCAAGGUAAAAAGCAACGAUUUUUAAAGUUAUCCCAGAAGUUCCCAGAAGGAAAACAGCAGCUAGUGGAGGAAAAAGAUGCAGAUGAUAUAGGGAAAGUACUUUUGUUUGUAAAUCAUUCAUUCAGUGCUUUUGAGAAUUAAAUUUGUGUUGUUAUAAGUACCGAGUCGACUGUUUUGAUUCGUUUUCGUUCGCUCCGGUUAUUCUUUUGUUGCUGUUGAAGUGAAAGUUCUAGAAAUAUAACAAAACACUUAAUGUCAGAUCCCUCGGGAUCUGACAUUAAGUGUAUAUUAUGCCGGGUUGGUCUGGUUAUAAGUUCCGUUAACGUUUGACAUGUCUGUUCACUUGUAGCAAAGUUAUGGGAGAAUGCGUUUAUUGUCUCUUAAUUUUAAUGAUAACAUCUGGUAAAAAGUUGGUUAUUACUGGGCAGGCAUAAUAUUGAUUCUUAGAAGUAGAACUGCUACAAAUUCCAGAGUAUUAAAUUUCUCGUAUUAAAGCCAUUUCGAAUUCAACAGUUUUUGGGGACCAUACUGAUGUUUUUUAAUCGCCUUAAAAGUGUUUUUAUCAUUGCCCGAUGAGUAUGAAAUUUUCAACACUGACUGAUUUUAGUUAUUGAAGUUUGUCAAAAUGUAGUUUUAUACAAAAUGAACAUCACUAUUACAACAAUAAACAAAAAACUUGACAUCGAUAAAAACCGAAUUUUGAGCGAUCUAGAUUGGCAAUAACUAAUAACUGUGAUAACUAAUCGUGGAGGUAUCUAUAGUACGCAUUAAUUUGGAAAAAGGUAGCAGAACGUCAAAAUAGAGAAUGUUGUAACGCUGAAUUUUUGGCCGGGUCAUAGGCUAGGUUCGUCUUGAAAUUUCAAGGUGUGGCAGUGAAUCAGUCUGAGUGAAAGUUCCAAAAUUAUUGUAUUCAUUAUGAAGAUUAUGUGAUAAGCUUUAGAAAAAAUUUGGUGGAGCCGUUCUAGAGAUAUACAGCCAAAGCGCUAAAAGCCAAAACUGAGAACAAAGUUAGACUUUGAAAGGUGGUGAGAAAACAGGUUUGAGUUUUAAAAUCGAAUUAAAUUAAAGAAAGUACACCAAAAUUUCCUAGCAGCGAAAUAUGAGUAAUUUAGACCUUUUUAUGAAACAAUUUGUCAUGACUUUUGAAAAUGUAAGGUUUGAAAUAUAAUUAUUUACGUUUUAUUUGAAUUCAAACAUACUAAAUGUUUUACUUGUCACGGACGUUAUUUGCUUAGUUCCUGGUGUCGGUUUUUCAGUAGCCGGUCUUGAUCGUGCUAAAUUCGGCUUUUAUCGAUUUCAAAGUUUCUGUUUAUUGUUGCCAUAUUGAUAUCGAUUUUAUAGGAAAAUUCAUUACCUGACGAGGGACUUGAAAACCGAUUCGCGAUUCGUGCGAUAUCGGUUUUCGCGUGCAAUUUAACGUGGAAUUCUCGAGUCAGGUAAUGAAUUUUCCUUGAAUCGCAUAAUUGAAUAAAAAUCAGAAGAAAAAAAAAAGAAAACAGCAAUAAUAUUGUUUGUUUUUAUCCUGAGCGCGCGCUCCAGAAAGGCAUUUCAAAGUCAACUGUCAGAACUGUCAUUGCGUUAGCGAAUAGGAAGCAAGGUCAGUCGUACACGUUUGAACCUUCGACAACUUUUUUUGUACCUUGUGCUUGUUUUCACAUUUGUUUUCAAACUUUUUUACAUGUAAACAAGCUUGACACUAAUCGUAAGGAUACAUAGAGGUAUUUUACUGAAUUUAGAAGCCGUUUAUGUAGAACGUCUUUUUUCAAAUUGUUCAUUUGCUCGAGACGGAAAAUAAUUUAUACCUUUUACCUCUUCGGCGGCAAAACUGAAAGAAAUCAAGUGUCCAAGCGAAAGCACUGAAAGUUUAACAUGUUUAACGUCGCGAUUGACAUAAGGUAAGUACCUUGAAAUGUUUUAGAAAUGCUGUUCAAGUUCAGCUCUGUUUUGUACUUUUCUAAGUACCACGAUUCAGGACGAUUGCAAGCGGCGUACUCUUUUUCGUGUUUUCAGGGGCCAUGUCCUCUUUGAAGGUAUUUAUUUCUUCUUCUGUAUAUGGGACAAUCGACCCCGGCACUUCCUCCGUUGUCGCUUCUCCGUUUUGCUUGGUUGAACUUUGGAUUGCCAUUUUCUGGGCCGUGUUCACAGGAUUUUCUUGUUUUAUGGUUGUCGCGAGUGAAAGAGGUUUUAUGUCUCUUCGAGAAUCUGUAGUUCAGUUCAAAACAAGGAAGAACCUCCGGCUCACUUUAAAAAACGCUUUUGUUUGUUUUUAACUUUUCAAAAAGUGACAAUGAAUGGUUUUGAAAACAUUUUAAAAUGACAUUGUAGAAAACCUUUUUUGCAUGUUGUUGUGUUAGAAUUUGACGAUAGUUGUUACGUAGAUGCGAAACAAUAUCGCUUAGCCUCGUUUUCAACUCCCAAUUCCACACUAAAUACCUCGCUUCGUUAACCAAUCAGAAUGCGAGAUUUUACUUAAUUAUGCGAUUCUACUUAAAAUUGCAUUUUGACAAACUUCAAUUCAUAGUCAAUAACUGGCGAAAAUUUUGAAGCGAUCGGACAAGGAUAAACUCACUUUUAAGGCGAUUGAAAAAUAUCGGUAUGGCCUCCGAAAAACCGCAUCGAAACACCUUAUGUGUUCAAGAAAGGUUGAACAUACAAGUUGAAUAACUGCUUUGCAUUUGACACGGAUAUUAGCUAUUUACCUCACAGUUCAAAGAACUAACCAACCGAUUGUUUUUGCGUUUGUUUGUUUCCUUUAUUUGUAAUCAAUAAGCGCUUUUUAUUGUAUUUGCAGGUUUGGUUUAAGAAUAGGCGUGUAAAGUGGAGAAAAGAGAUGCGUAAUUGGGGACUUCCAGAAAAGGGAAAGACCGUAUGUAUGCCAAGCAGCUCGUCUCAAGAGGAUGACUCACCAUCAAAACGGAGCCCUUUGCUGCCAGAAGUCGAUAGACAAAUCAGUGAGAGUAUAUCCAUGCAAGGCUUUGCUCUAGUGCCGUCAGAGAGCCGCGCCCUGUCAUAUUAUUCAGAUGUCUGUGAUGGGUUGUGGAAUCACAGUGGGGAAAAUAGUUUGCGACCGACCAAUUUGUUUUACAGAGAGAACAACGGAUUUCCAUUUGAAACUGCAGCCCACCCUCACAUUCAAAGUUCCAUUAAUAGCACCGACAUGACGGACAACUUUAGCUUUAUGGGUAACAGUAGUCAAGGUGAAAUUACACUUGACGGCGGUGAUACGCGCGCUUCUUGGAUUCGUGGUGUUGGCCGUUUGUCUGAAGGUAGCGUGACACCUGAGCCUUACGCUAUGCGUAAACUCAUAAGGAAGCCCCAAUAUCAACCUUCAUACCAGUUGAGUCCUCUAUGUACUGAGAAAAUUCCUGGUCAUGAUCAAAGGAGUGUCGUUCCACAAAUUUAUGAGACUGACCAGACUGUUCCAAAUCAAAAAAGAGAUCCAGAGGAUGGAUACAACCGACUACCGCAAAGAAUGGAACCCUUGAAUGGAGCAACUGUCCAAGAUAGUGAAAAUGGGUCGCUUUUGGAUGACCUGAUGAACAUUAUUGCCAAAGAGCAACUAGAAUACCAACGUAACUUCCAACAGAAUAGUAGCUAA